GACAACGUCCUCCUCCUGGCUGUCCAGCUCCCGCGCCUGUCCUCAAAAACCUGGCCGCCCUGCCUCAGGUCCUGGCCCUCAACAACCUGGCCGCCCUGCACCAGGUCCUGGUCCUCCACACCUGGUCGUCCUGCCCCUGGUCCUGGACCUCACAACCUGGCCGUCCUGCCCCAGGUCCUGGUCCUCAACAACCUGGUCGUCCAGCCCCAGGUCCUGGCCCUCAACAACCUGGUCGCCCUGCUCCUGGCCCCGGACCCGACAGCAACCUGGAAGACCUGGACAGAACCACACACCCGAACCUCAAGGACCAUCGGGACCACAAUAUCCCAGAACCAUCAUCUAGCCAACCCAAACCAAGCUAUCCUUCCACCAACCACAACAGCCAUCAUAUCCUGGAAGCCAACACGAAACCUCAACAGCCAUCAUACCCUGGUCCACAGAAACCAUCAUACCCCGGUUCACAAACCACCCAACCCCAGCGGCCAUCAUACCCCGUUCACAACCACCCACCCCAGCGGCCAUCAUAUCCUGGAUCACAGACAACACAACCACAGAAGCCUUCAUAUCCCGCUCUCAAACUACCCGACCUCAACAACCAUCCUAUCCUGGAUCACAGACUACGCGACCCCACAGCCCUCGUACCCUGGCCCACAAAAGCCCUCAUAUCCAGGAACAGCCCUGGUACCGGUGAGGAUUCCGGUUCACUGGGACCCGAUGUUACAACUACAAUAAACCCAGCAAACCAUUCAAGUACUAAGGUCGACCAGUUCUAA